UAUCGAUCAACAAAAAUGCAUAAAUCACUCCUGUUGUUGGCACUCUGUGCAGCUGGUGCGCUUGCUCAGGGAGAUUACAAUGUUGAUAUUAUAGAUAACGAAGGCAGAAUGGAGACUUUAUUUGACUCCUUUGGCCACAGACCGUGCUAUUGCCUCAAGAAAACACAAACGGCCACGAUCUACAACAGAGAGGGAGGAAAUGUUAAGUUAUUCUCGACCACUGAUUGCACUGGAAGUUAUAGUACCCUUGGUCUGGGCAAGCCCCAAUAUAAUGCGUACUGGGUGAACAGCAUGUCCUUUGGCAAGGCUGGCAUCCCCUCAAGGAAUCCAACUUCGUGCCCCAACUACUUUAUUUAACCAAAAAUCAAUAAAAAAAAAACAACUGAGGACAAGCAAAAUCAGCACUUUGAUGUGUCCCCUUUGAGUAUGAG